UCCGUUUCCCUGUUUUUUGUUCGAUAAAAAUUUAAGAAAAUUCUUAGCUCAAAUUGUUCACAUCUUUCGCUACAAUGUCUAAAGAUCCUAGUGGAACCUCGAUUACAAGUCAACCAACGUUUCAAGCCGACUCGGAUAAUAUUACAGAGAUAUCAAAAAAUCCUGAGAAAGAAGGAACAUGUUUUACCAAAAUAUGGGCUUGCUGUACAACUUCCGUGGACACUAUAAGCGAGAGGGAGCAGCCCACUGGCAGUGGGCAGCAAAACCCGGCGAAUGGGGGAUGUUGUUGUGAUAAUGAUUGCUGUAGAUGCUUUAAUGAAGUUUGCCGUUGUGUAGGAAGUAUACUUUUUUGCUUCAGCCUUUGUGCUCCACCGUAAUUUUUUUUUCGAAAAAAGCCGUUACAGACCUUGCAAUUUAAUAUUCAUAUUGUCUUCUUGUUCCUUAUUUUAAUAAAAUGCCAUUUAAA